AUGGCAACUCCCUCUUCAAAACCGAAUCCAGGUGCGACACCAACGCACUUAACCUCAUCCCCCCGGCCAUCAGGAGUCCCCAUGGCCCGUCCCAUGUCACACAAGUCACCAUCGGCAAGAAGCCCCUCGGCGACGGGACACCUUCACGGGAGUGGUGGUCACGCACCGCUGCAUCAAUACUCUACGCCUCUCGCUGUUGCAGCCGGGGGGCUCGAUGAUCCGGUUAAUUUCAGUUCACCAUCGGCCCUCUUAGCACUUGGGGGUUAUAGUGGAAUCAGCCCAUCCCCUGCGACGCAUGAGGUCUUGGUCGGGGCUGGUAUGCACGAUAGCGAUAUUCACGCGCUCGGAAUGCACGGUUUUAAGAUUGGAAAUGCUCGCGAUAGCGAUGAAGAGCGGAGACGACAUAUAGAAGAUGUCGUCCAGAUAUUACGGACUCGUGUUGCGGGGAGAGGUGUGUGCAGGGAAGGUAUCGAACGGCUAGGACAGCUUGAGGGGUUUGAAUCGAUUUGGCAGGAGGAUAAUCUCAGCAUUGCAGGUAACUUUGUCGAUCUGGAAAUCGAGUUUCAUCCGGGGAAGCACACGGUGAAAGACGUAAGUUUGAAGUAUGCGACACCGGAGGCUACUGAGGGUGAAGGGAGGGAUGAGGCUACUGCUGUCUUAAAGCGGGAUUUGAUGCAGUCGUCUGAGGAAAUAGAACGGGGUGCUUGGAAAUCGCUGACUGGGUUCUAUGAGAACCUGCGGUGGCUGGCUAAGUUGGACCGGCUCAGUCAAGAGGUCAACUGCUUCGAGGCUAUUGAAGGCCUUUACGAGAGUUUGAAACGAAUCUGGGACGAGGAAAGCAAACACCUGAAAUUCUCUGAGAUUUACGAGCAUUUGUGCAGUGGAUGGGUUGGUCGACCAUCUCUACACAGGGGAGGUCGAAUCGGAAUCAGUUUAGAUUACUGGAUAUACCAAGCAAGAAUUUUGGACGCGAAACGAAAAAACACAUCUCCUGACGCAAUGGUACUGGAUAACGCUGACCAGGAGUUUGAUAUUCCUCAACAUAGAAUGUGGAGCGUCAUGAUUGAGUGCGAAGAGGGUUACCCAUCACUCCGUGUGUCCAAAGACUGGGUAAACUCCGAAGUUUUGACACCUAUGAGCACCGAUAAAUCGUCUGCUCCCAACGAAAAUGAUACAACAGACAUUCCUACGGUCAACUGGGCCGAGCCGCCAAUGACUACGACUUCCGACAGUCAAGGCAACCCGGGUGCUAUGACACUUGAUUCGGGCAUGCUGGGUUCAUCCACGCCAAAUCGCCGAUUUGUCGCAAAGAUAGAGCCACCCCUCGAUGUCCCUAUUCUUGCAGCUUCCGAUAUCUACAGACAACUGGGACUUCAGUUGCCGCAAGAGUUCAGAAUGGUGACGUACGACGGUUUGCUGGUUCCAGGAUCGUCACCAUUGUCCGGAGCAGAUAUCAUGGGCUUUGGCACUGAUGAGCCACCGCAGGCUGAUCGAAGGAAACGUCGACUGUCUGUACAGGCAUUUGAUUCAGAAGGCAAGCCCUGCAAAAAGCAACACGGCUACACAUUCCAAGCCUUUGAAUCAGUUGCCGGCAGGACCAUGCGGGAUAUUCCAUUUUCGCAUCCCCGUCAACUUGCGGAGAUCCUUCCGGUUCUGCGUCAGUAUGCCACGUUGGAGAAUAUGAUCCAGAAGAUCUUUUAUACCCCGUCGCGACGUCACGACAGCAAACAAAAUGGGCAGAGGUCUACGAGUCUUGACAGAAAGCAUCAGGCUGCGCAAUCGAGCACAACCAAUGGAAAAGGGAACGUGACCAUUUUGAGCAAUCAAGACCCUAACGAACAGAAGCUCGACGCCUUGAUGAAAGGGCUUAAUGUGGAGGGUGUGUCGAUUGAUAAUGAUGCAGACGACGUCAAAAUCGACAUCACAUUGCGAACACAACUUGGACAGGCACCCGUGAUCAUGCUACUCUUCACGAUCAACGAUGCGUCCAUCGGAAACGACUACCUGAAAACCUUUUCAAUCAGUUUCGAGGUUGGAUUAAACGGGCACAUCAUAGUCGUAGACACAUCUGGCUUGUGGGAGGAGCCGGUUUCCGGCGAGGACAGGCCCGAAGGUGCAGAUAUAGGAGACCAAAAGGACGAAGCGUCGGAAAUGCCGAAGAAGAUCGCCCGCGCGCUCGAGGUCUCUCAGGAUCUAGGGAUAUUAGUGGAGUGGGUUCUGCGAUGGAGGCGGCAACAGAAGAGCACAUAA